CAUGCGCGGCGUCGGCGUGACCGGAGGCUGCCAGCAGGGGGCGCUGGUGGGAGCGAGCGGGCCUGCCUGCUACCUGGUCCCGGGAAGCGCCUCGUCCCGCUGCUCUCCGGCUGCAGACCCCGGAGCCCAGAGGUCACGGGCCGCCACCUCCGCCGCCUGUGCAAGCCCGCAGGCGCCUCCCGGUGACAACAUGCCUACUGCCAAGCAACUAGCAGACAUUGGUUACAAGACCUUCUCCAGCUCCAUGAUUCUACUCACCGUGUAUGGGGGCUACCUCUGCAGCGCCCGAGCCUACCGGUAUUUCCAGCGGCAAAGCUCCCAGAGACAGGCUGCAGAAGAACAGAAGACCUCAGGAGCCUUGUAAACAAGGGAGUUUUUUUCCUCUGAGCAGAGAGCCUGAGACAUGCUGUGGGGAGACCUCACCUGCAAUUAUUUCCAAAUGAGAGAACUAGGACUGUAAUGGUUUUCAGAUGAUCAUGCUUUACCCAACACUGCUAGAUAUGGGAGGUUAUCAGAUCAUAUCAGGAAUGGGAAAGUGAGGCACACCAAUAAAUAUUUU